AGACUCUUCGAGCACGGUGAUUGGCUGUUGCUAGGCUGCGGAGGUGUGACCUUUUUAUCUCCGCAAUAUGGCCCUUAACAGGAACCACCUGGAUGGCGGAGGUGCAGUAAUUAACAACAGCGAGAGUAUCCUUACUUCUUAUGAACAUGUGGAGGUCACAUUUAGUGACAUGGACAGCACCCCAGAGGCUUUCAGAGGGACCAAGAAAGGCAGAGUCAUUCUGACACCAUAUCGAGUGAUAUUUGUGUCCAAAGGAAGGGACCCCAUGCAGUCGUUCAUGAUGCCCUUCUAUCUGAUGAAGGACUGUGAAAUUAAGCAGCCCGUAUUUGGAGCCAAUUUUAUCAAGGGCAACGUGAGAGCUGAGCCUGGAGGUGGUUGGGAAGGAUCUGCUACAUUUAAACUAAGCUUUCCUUCAGGGGGCGCUAUAGAGUUCGGCCAGCACAUGCUACACGUGGCCUCUCAAGCCUCAAGUGGAGGAGCUCCAAAUGUUGCCUACCCAUAUAUGCCCAAUGGGGGCUACGUCUUCCCACCUCCUGCAGCCAAUGGCAUCUACCCACCUCCACCUGCUGGUUAUCCUUAUCCGCCACCACCCAGCGAGUUUUACUCAGGAGCAGCUGCACAGGGCGGAUCCCUCACCUACAUGCACCCUCCACCUCCCCCUUACCCUGGGCCUAUGGAGCCUCCGUCAGCCUGUGCCCCUGAUCUGCCUUCCACUCCAGCAGCGGAAGCCAAGGCUGCAGAAGCUGCUGCAAGUGGCUACUAUAGCCAACAGAACCCCCCACACUCCUACAUGCCACCGGACCUCCCUCCACCACCCCCUUACUUCCCACCAGAAGACAAGAAAACCCAAUAAACCUUACUGCUGCAGUCGUCCUGCUUUCUGACUUUUACUCCUUGGCCACAGGGCAUCUCCUUCAUGUCUAAAACAGAGCAUAGCCUCUGUUGGUUCAACCACUUCAGUUCUGUUUUUUUCCACAGCCUUAAUGGUUAAAAUCAAACUGCUUUCUGCUUGUUUAACUGCCUUGUUAAUGCCAAAGUUUGCUGUUUGAUACAUAUAGUGGUGUUUCUUUAACAGAUCUCUGCCGAAAGCUUGUUCAAAGGGUUAGUCCACUUGGUCAUGUUUCCUUUAGCUGUACCAAGAACCACACUAUCUUAUCGAAUCCAGACUAUCUUAACCUGGGUAUCAUUUUACCCAGGCUAAGGAAUCCAGUUAUCUGAGUUUCAAGUACCUGGCUGCUCUCUUUCCCAUGGUCAACUAGAAGAGAGGGCUUGGACCAAACUAAAUGAGCUGAUUGGGACUAUUGCAUUGCAGCCAUGGAUAGAAAUUCAUGAAGCAAGAGCCGCUUCUACCAAAUGUGCCAGCCUGCUUUACAUUUGAUAUAGAUUUCUAUUCCAAGCCCCGCCCCCUAGACCAUUAGAAAGAGAGCAGCCCAGCUGUAGGAACUCGUGCAAACGGAACCAGGGUUCAUCCAAAGUGGACUUAACUUUAAAUACUGUGCUUUGCAGUGUUCUGCAUGCCUUUCCAGAAGAGGCUAAGCAUGUCAUGGUGCUGUCCGGACUUACGUUACUGCAGAUUUUACCCCCUCUAUGGUCACUUUCUGCUGCUUACCAGUUAUACCAAACCCAAUUUGGCUAAAUACCUCAUCCACAAGCUAUCUGCUGUUUAAAGCAUAUAUAUAUAAAUACAAGAGUUAAAUAUAAAAAUAAUUUAUUUUAAAGAAAUUAAUGUUCUUUUGGGAAUGUGUUUUGCAUAAAGAAUAAAAGUUAUUCUAACAAA